GUAUUGUGAUGCGUAGCGCCUGAAUCGUCACCCACCUGGAUGCGUAGCUCCAUGGCGCGCCGCUUACGAUCUGUGCAUGUCGUGUGUAUGAUCUGCGCGGGCGCGUGGCAUUGGCUGUGGUCAACGAAGCUGUUUACUGCAGGCUCUUCUCUCCCUUCAUGCCCUACCCGAAUGGUGGCGCCCUGCUGGACUGCUGCGUCUCGCUCCUGCGUCUCCGCCCUGCCGUGGGACACUGUCGCAGGGGCAGAAGUUCUCAGCCCCGAGGUGCUGAGUGCUGCAGCUGCGUGCAUUGGUGACGAGGAGCUGGAACUGGUGGUGCCAGAGGAGGAGGAUAUGCAGAAGCUUACCGACUUGGUCGAUGAGAGCUUCCAACGCGCCAUCGCUGCGAGGAUGGCGGAGCCGUCCAAUGUCUUCAACGAGAUGUGGAAUGGCUGGGUGUCUCUGAGCGAGCGGCAGAUGACCUUGGGCGCCCUGCGGAAGCGCCUCAAGGGUCUCCUGGAGGCGCCGAGCUUGAGAAGGCCGCGAAACGAAGAUUGGAAUUUGGGUGUGAUCCUCAAGUCCAGCGAGGGCUUCAUGGGAUACUUUGAGAUUUGCCUUCAAACCCCUGAAGGCCUUAGGCGCGGAGCUCCGCAGCCAUACCUGAAGAACUUAUGUGUCUCCAAGGUGGUGACCGCGGGCGGUGGGGCGGUUCUUUGGCGUGCGUGAAACGAUCGCCAGGGUCAUAGCCACGGAUAGCUAGAGACCGGACAGAGACCGAUAGCCAUGCCCAGACAAGGAUCAGAGAUAGCCAUAUAUGGUUGUGUUGACCCAGUCAUUGCGGUGUGUAUCGGAUCAGCUGUUUCAGUUUCAGCUGUCUAUUGAUUUGAUUUGUUUUCAAGAACCAGACCAGCAUAUAUAUAUAUAUACAUACAUAAUUAUACAUAUACAUAAUUAGAUAACAUAAUUUCUGCAUCCUGAAAAGGCAGGUUGUGGACAUGUGUGAUGAUUUGCCAAGCAACUUCACAACUUCACUGUUCCCUUGGUAAAGCAUCGGACUUUGCAGUGUAGUAGUUACCGGCGCGCCUCUUUGAAGAGGAGUUGUAUGGCUUACAUGGUUGACCCUUGGGCCGUUGAGCCGAGGAGGUCCGUGGAAGAGGCUUGGGCCGGAAGCUCUUGAAGUUGGUGGAGGAAUUCUGCAGGAGGAGCUGGGGGGGAGAGACGCUCUAUUUGCACACUGAUUUGGACCCCGCAGCCUUCGGCCUGUACAACAGCAGUGGCUACGUGGUGCGGAGACAAGAGCAGGACGGUGAGGGUAAAAGCAUUUACAUGUCAAAAUCAUUGGAAU